CAUGGGGAACCUGAUCAAGGUGUUAACGAGAGACAUUGACAACAAUGGUGGAAACUUCUUCUUGGACUUCGAGAAUGCUCAGCCCUCGCAGUCGGAGACGGCGGUGUGGGAAAAGGUGAACCAGGUGCUGACGGAGGCUCGGGUCAUCCUGGACGACCUGCAGGCGUACAGAGGAGCAGGAGAGGAAAUACGACAGAACCCAGACGUCCCGAUUGAAAACACGACAGACUGUCUGAGUACGAUGGCCAGUGUGUGUAAAGUGAUGCUGGAAACGCCGGAGUAUCGCAGUCGUUUUGCCAGUGAGGAGACGGUGUUGUUCUGUCUCCGUGUGAUGGUCGGUGUCAUCAUCCUGUACGACCACGUUCACCCGGCUGGAGCCUUCGUUAAGACCUCCAAUAUAGACAUGAAAGGCUGCAUCAGAGUGCUGAAGGAGCAGCCGCCCAGCAGUGUGGAGGGAUUACUCAACGCUCUCAGGUAUACGACCAAACAUCUGAACGAUGAGGCUACCUCCAAGCAGAUCAAAAACAUGUUGCAGCCAAAUUAACUCAAUGCUUCGUCAGCAGAACUGGAACGAUACAGGGAGACAAAAGUGUUUUGGUCCAAAUUUCAAAAGAACUACUGAACAAACCUGUAGCCAAUAUUUCUUUGUUUAACCUCAAUUGUUUUGUUUUUUUUAACUCGUUUGAAAAAAAGCUGUUUUUUUGUGUUGUUGUAAAAAUAAUAAAAAACAAGAGAAACCUUUUAGUUGGUUGAUCCAAGAAAAGAUGGUGUAAAAAUCGGCUGCUCUUGCUGCGUUCACGUCAUGUCAGAUCUACAACAAGCGGACAUUGAGAUUAGUGCAGUUGACUUUCUCUUUGUUGUCUCCAAAUUCUUUAGUUUGCUGUCACAAAUGUGCAGAAUUUGUCACAUAUAACACUGCUGUGAAUAUUGGAGGUUAGAGAUGUUCCAAUGCCGUCAUAUCCUUUCCUUUCUUCUUCUUUUGUCUAUGCCGGGAGGUUUCUGACAUUGUAAUUACAACAACAUUUGAACUUUUAAACAUAGCCCCCUUAACACUUUCCAGUUAGUCGAGCCAAAAAUGUAAAGUUUGUAUUGCCUUCGGGGGAGAGCGAAUUUGUACUUCUGAUGUGACGUGAAUGCAGAUUUGACAGUUUUCAAACGUCACAUCUUUUAGCUUCCAUGUGUUUUGGUGGCUUGGCAGUCUGAUAAUAGAUCAUCACUUCAGACCCUUUUCCACCAUAAGAACCUUUUCCAGAACUAUUUCCGAGAACCCAGGAACUUUUACACAGCAGGAACCUUGUUCUGGUUGAAUUCCUCGGCUACAGUUCCUACCUCAGAAAAAAGUCUCUGUGGCCGAGGUCUAACUUUUCAGUUGAUGAUGUUCACAAUUUUACAGUGAGGGUUAGUCAGCAAGAAUCUCAAAGGAAAACUAUGGUUUAUUACAAUUUGGCUUUUAUUUUUUUAACUCCAGCCAUCAGUUUGAUAGGUAAUGAUAUAACGCACUGAUUGGAUAGUCCUUUUUUUCCCAAAAAAGUUUGACCAACCAUUUUGAAAGCCCAAUUACAACGUUUUUCAACCAGCCUCCUGCUUCUGUACAAGCAAUGGGAUCCUUCACAACACGAUUUCUGUAUUUAUGUAUUCUGAAAUUAUGUUUUUGUCCUUCCUUUACUAAUUGGCUUAAAGUAGGUGGGUUUAUAUGUAAAAGUAAUCCCUGUGAGCAUAAAGCCUUCAAACUAUAGAUGAUUGACAAGUUUAGAAAUUUUCCAUGUUAAUUUUGAAACAAUUUCUUUAGUCUUUAGUCUCUCUGAAACAGGGACCUCAAACUUCUGGCCCCGGGGCCAUUUCCAGGCCCUUCAUCCCCUCUUAAAUCACUGUCAGUUAAAAAAAGUUCCUGGUUGCUUUAAUGUACAUUUCCUGUGGUUUCUGGAUUCUUUGGUGGGAAAGGGUCAGUCAGUGGCCAGUUUGUUUGGCGAAACGGAAACAGCUCAUUCCUCCUCAGAAGAUGAGCUGUUGGUGUCACUAACAUCUGGUUAUAUCUGUGUUUUGGGACCAGCCCCUGUUUGGGCUCAUUCUCCGAUGGUUCUCAUAGAAAAGCUGUAGAAAUAGAAACAAUGGAUGAGACAAUCCCAAACAUUUCUGCACCUUGAUAGAAUUAUUUUAAUCCACAAACUCAUGAUUUGUUAUGUAUGAUUUGAAAAAUAGUAGGAAUGAUUUUAUUUGCUGUGACGUGGACGGCGAACAGGAGUAGCACUGUAGUAAACUGGCUACUGAGAGCAGUUUGGGGUUAGUUAAGAGAAGGAGAACCACUGUGACAAAGGCGAUGCGGUACUGAUAUGAGGGGAACCUCAGACUUUUCUCGAUGUACAAACUGAUCUGAUCAGUGGGACUGCUGACUGGAAAUCUUUACAAGCUUUUUAUUUUUGCCUUGUAUGUUAACGCUGCAGUGUCAGGGAUUUUGUGGCAUUAAGUGUUUUAAUGAUGUUUGCCAAAUAAACUUUUUACAUUUUUAAGAAAA